GGGGGAAUUAAAAACAUGUCAGAACAACAUUCAGGAUGUGAUGCAUCUCUAAGCACCACAGGGAAUACUGGGUACUCCUCGUCAUUGGGGUCAGGAGGAACUAGCGGAAACGGAGGAGGUAGCGCUGGUAAUAGGCCAGGUGGCGGCGGCGGCGGCUUUUAUGGUAAUGGGGGAGGAGGAGGUAAAGGUGGCAAAGGAUUUCUCAAUGGUGGAAAGGGUGGAACGUAUCACGGUGGGUUCGGAGGUGGCGGCGGAAAUCCAGCUUACUAUGGGGGAGCUGGCGGCGGUGGAGGUUACUCUGGGGGAGCUGGAUGUGUUAAUGAAGAUCCCUCUUGUGGUGGUGGAGGAGGAUCUUUUAACAGUGGAACAAAUCAGGAAAAUGAAUGUUGUUAUAAUACGGCUGGAAAUGGUAAAGUGACUAUCACCUUUAUCGAGUGA